UAGGGCCAGUCCAGCUGCUGAUAAACCUCUUCCAGCCCUCUCAGGCUUGGUUUGGCUGCAGCACUCAGCAGAAGUGGGUUGAGGAGAGCUGCAGACCCUGGCUGUGCAGGGUGAGCUGACCUUCUCCUGCAGUGAUGACAUGCAUGCACUGCCUGAGGGCUGAUGCUGCAACGAGUUUCUUGAGAGCUGCAAGAUCUGGGAAUCUGGACAAAGCCUUGGAUCACCUCAGGAAUGGGGUAGAUAUUAACACCUGUAACCAGAAUGGGCUGAAUGCCUUGCACCUGGCCUCCAAGGAGGGCCACGUGAAGAUGGUGGUGGAGCUGCUGCACAAGGAGAUCGUCUUGGAGACAACGACCAAGAAGGGAAACACAGCCCUGCACAUUGCUGCCUUGGCUGGACAGCAGGAUGUGGUCCGGGAGCUGGUGAACUAUGGGGCCAACGUCAAUGCACAGUCCCAGAAAGGCUUCACACCUCUCUACAUGGCAGCACAGGAGAACCACCUGGAAGUUGUGAAGUUCUUGCUGGAAAAUGGAGCCAACCAGAAUGUAGCCACAGAGGAUGGCUUCACCCCACUAGCUGUGGCUCUCCAGCAAGGACAUGAGAACGUGGUGGCUCACCUUAUCAACUAUGGGACGAAGGGUAAGGUCCGUCUGCCUGCCCUGCACAUCGCAGCCCGCAACGACGACACCCGCACGGCUGCUGUGCUGCUGCAGAACGACCCCAAUGCUGACGUCCUCUCCAAGACUGGAUUCACCCCUUUGCACAUUGCAGCCCACUAUGAGAAUCUCAGCGUGGCCCAGUUACUGCUGAACCGUGGAGCCAGUGUCAACUUCACACCCCAGAAUGGGAUCACCCCCCUGCACAUAGCUUCCCGCCGGGGCAACAUCAUCAUGGUGCGGCUGCUGCUGGACCGCGGGGCCCAGAUAGAGACAAGGACCAAGGAUGAGCUGACCCCUCUCCACUGUGCCGCACGCAAUGGACACGUGAGAAUUGCAGAAAUCCUCCUGGACCACGGGGCUCCCAUUCAAGCCAAAACCAAGAAUGGCUUGUCGCCCAUCCACAUGGCAGCCCAGGGUGACCACCUGGACUGCGUGCGCCUGCUGCUGCAGUACAGCGCCGACAUCGACGACAUCACCCUGGACCACCUGACGCCCCUGCACGUGGCCGCUCACUGCGGGCACCACCGCGUGGCCAAGCUGCUGCUGGAGAAAGGGGCCAAGCCCAACUCCCGAGCCCUGAAUGGCUUCACGCCCCUCCAUAUUGCCUGCAAGAAGAACCACAUCCGUGUGAUGGAGCUGCUGCUGAAGACGGGUGCCUCCAUUGAUGCUGUCACAGAGUCUGGCCUGACCCCCCUGCAUGUGGCUGCCUUCAUGGGACACCUGCCCAUCGUCAAGACUCUGCUGCAGCGUGGAGCCUCUCCUAAUGUGUCCAACGUGAAAGUAGAGACUCCUCUACACAUGGCAGCCAGAGCUGGGCACACAGAUGUGGCAAAGUACCUGCUGCAGAACAAAGCCAAAGCCAAUGCCAAGGCCAAGGAUGACCAGACUCCUCUGCACUGCGCUGCACGCAUCGGCCACACUGGCAUGGUCAAACUCCUUCUGGAGAACAAUGCCAACCCCAACCUGGCCACCACAGCAGGGCACACGCCCCUGCACAUCACUGCCAGAGAGGGGCACAUGGACACAGCCCUGGCCCUGCUGGAGAAGGGAGCCUCACAGACCUGCAUGACCAAGAAAGGAUUUACCCCUCUCCACGUUGCAGCCAAGUAUGGAAAGGUGGAUGUGGCAGAGUUGCUGCUGGCACAUGACGCUCAGCCCAAUGCAGCAGGGAAGAAUGGCCUGACUCCACUGCACGUGGCUGUGCACCACAACAACCUGGAGAUUGUCAGGCUGCUGCUUCCCAAGGGGAGCUCCCCACACAACUCGGCCUGGAAUGGGUACACCCCCCUGCACAUCGCUGCCAAGCAGAACCAGAUGGAAGUGGCCAGCAGCCUGCUGCAGUAUGGGGCCUCUGCAAAUGCUGAGUCCAUGCAGGGAGUCACUCCCCUGCACCUGGCUUCCCAGGAGGGCCAUGCAGACAUGGUGGCACUGCUUUUCUCCAAACAAGCCAAUGGCAACCUAGGCAACAAGAGUGGCCUGACUCCUCUCCAUCUUGUGGCCCAAGAGGGGCAUGUGCUGGUUGCUGAUGUUCUAGUGAAACAUGGAGUCACAGUGGAUGCAGUGACCAGGAUGGGCUAUACCCCCCUGCAUGUGGCCAGCCACUAUGGGAACAUCAAGCUGGUGAAGUUUCUGCUGCAGCACCAAGCAGAUGUCAAUGCCAAGACUAAGCUGGGCUACACCCCCCUGCACCAAGCAGCACAGCAGGGCCACACGGACGUGGUGACGCUGCUGCUGAAGCACGGCGCGUCCCCCAACGAGAUCAGCACAAAUGGCACCACUCCCCUGGCCAUCGCAAAGCGCCUUGGCUACAUUUCUGUCACAGACGUGCUCAAGAUUGUCACAGAGGAAACCGACAUCCCGUCCGUUGGCGACAAGCACCGCAUGAGCUUCCCAGAGACUGUAGACGAGAUCCUGGACGUGUCAGAGGAUGAAGGCACUGCUCAUGUCACAGUAAUGGAGGAAGAGCUGAUUGCACCAAAGCCCAAGACACCUGAUCUCAGAGACCAGGAAGGCAAAAGAGAGCUGCUGGAGUUCGUGACCACAACGACACUGGAGCGAACGGUGGAGUCUCCAGCUGUCCUGCAGGUCCCCUGUGUCCCACCUGAAACUGUGGUGACCAGAGCUGAGGAGACUGAGCAGGUAGGACCUGUGGAGACAGAAGCUGAACAAGUCAGCCUGCUGCAUGCACCCUCGGUGUCCCCACAGGAGCCCUCCAAAGAGUUCGACGAGGACUCUCUGAUCCCCAGCAGCCCCGCCACGGAGACCUCAGAUAACAUCAGCCCAGUGGCCAGCCCCGUGCACACAGGGUUCCUGGUGAGCUUCAUGGUGGAUGCUCGUGGUGGCUCCAUGCGGGGCAGCCGGCACCACGGCCUGCGCGUGGUCAUCCCGCCCCGCGCCUGCGCCGCGCCCACCCGCAUCACCUGCCGCCUGGUGAAACCCCAAAAGCUGCCUGCACCCCCACCCCUGGCUGAGGAGGAGGGUCUGGGCAGUCGGAUCAUUGCUCUGGGGCCUGCUGGUGCCCAGUUCCUCAGCCCUGUCAUUGUGGAGAUUCCACACUUUGCCUCGUAUGGACGUGGAGACCGUGAGCUGGUGGUGCUGCGCAGCGAGAACGGCUCCGUGUGGAAGGAGCACCGCAACCGCUACGAGGAGAGCUACAUGGACCAGCUGCUCAAUGGCAUGGACGAGGAGCUGGAGAGCCAGGAGGAGCUGGACAAGAAGAGGGUCUGCCGCAUCAUCACCACCGACUUCCCUCUCUACUUUGUGGUCAUGUCCCGGAUUUGCCAGGACUGCGAUAUGAUUGGCCCUGAAGGAGGCUGUUUGAAAAGCACACUGGUGCCCAUGGUACAGGCCACCUUCCCAGACACUGCUGUCACCAAAAGAGUGAGGCUGGCCCUGCAGGCACAGCCUGUGCCUGAUGAGUUGGUGACCAAAUUGCUGGGGAACCAAGCGACCUUCAGCCCCAUUGUCACAGUGGAGCCACGGCGGAGGAAGUUCCACCGCCCCAUUGGCCUCCGGAUCCCACUGCCACCAUCCUGGAAGGACAAUCCCCGAGACAGUGGGGAGGGUGACACCACCAGCCUACGUCUGCUCUGCAGUGUGAUCGGAGGGACAGCCCAAGCCCAGUGGGAAGACAUAACAGGCACCACAAAGCUAAUCUAUGAAAAUGAGUGUGCUAAUUUCACCACCAAUGUGUCUGCCAGGUUCUGGCUGGCCGACUGCCCACGCACAGCUGAGGCCGUGCACUUUGCCACCAUGCUGUACAAGGAGCUGACAGCCGUGCCCUACAUGGCCAAAUUCGUGGUGUUUGCCAAGAUGAACGACGCGCGGGAAGGCCGCCUGCGCUGCUACUGCAUGACUGAUGACAAGGUGGACAAGACUUUAGAGCAGCACGAGAACUUCACUGAGGUGGCCCGCAGCAGGGACAUUGAGGUGGUGGAAGGAAUGCCUUUGCACGUGGAACUCUCAGGGAACCUGGUGCCUGUCAAGAAGGCUGCUCAGCCCCGCACCUUCCUCUUCCAGUCCUUCCGCGAGAACCGUCUUGUCAUUCCCAUCAAGGUCCGGGACAGCAGCAGGGAAGCCAGUGGCUCCCUGUCCUUCUUGCGCAAGGCCAUGAAGUACGAGGACCUCCAGCACGUGCUCUGCCACCUGAACAUCAGCAUCCCACCCUGCACCAAGGGAAGUGGCAGUGAUGAGCGAAGGAGGACACUGACACCACUGUCUCUGCGGGAGCGAUACAGCAUCCUAAGUGAGACCAGUUUUGGCUCUCUGAGCAGCACAGACAAGGCAGACCAGAAGAUGGUUGACAUAGCAGAACAGCUGGGCCUCAGCUGGGCAGAGCUGGCACGUGAGCUGCAGUUUGGGGUGGAUGACAUCAACAGGAUACGUGUGGAGAACCCCAACUCCCUUCUGGAGCAGAGCAUAGCCUUACUCAACCUCUGGGCCAGCCGUGAGGGCAAGAAUGUCAAGAUUGAGAACCUGUACACGGCGCUGAGGAACAUCGACCGCAGCGAGAUCGUCAACAUGCUGGAGGGCUCGGGCCGGCAGAGCCGCAGCCUGAAGGGAAGCUGGCGCUACACAGACAGAGACUACUCCCUCUCGCCGUCCCAGAUGAAUGGUUACGCUUCACUGCAGGACGAGCUGCUGUCCCCUGCCUCCCUGCAUUACACACUGCCAUCCCCGCUGCGUGCCGACCAGUACUGGAAUGAGGUGGCCAUCAUGGAUGCUAUCCCCAUGGCUGCCACUGAGCAGGAUGCCCUGAUGGAGAUGUCCGACAUGCAGGUGUGGUCCUCGGGGCUCACCCCCUCGCUGGUGACUGCUGAGGACUCCUCUCUGGAGUGCAGCAAGGCUGAGGACUCGGAUGCCACAAGCGAAGGCCGGUUCCCAGGGCAACUUCUAGCAGAUGCUCAUGGCCCAGACCACAUGGGCUCUAUGGACCUGGUUGAGGAUGACACAGUGGACUCAGAUGCCAUGAAUGGCCUGAUUGACCUUCUAGAGCAGGAGGAGGGGCAGAGGCCAGAGGGGAAGAUGCCAUCUGGUGAUCAUCAACCAGGGACUGGGGAGCAGGACCCGGAGAGUGAAGUCUCUUUUGUUUCAGUUCAGGAGAAGGUGCAAGCCAGGAUCAUGACAUCACCUACCUUUAGCCAUGAUGUGGAGAAGAGUGCAGACAGGCUGAGGGACUGGAAUGCAGAAGGCUCCUUUAUCUCCUGCCUACAGGACCUGACAGCGGGCUCCUGGCAGGAGGGAGUCACCCGAAGGCUGCUCUCAACGCACACCACAGCCUCUGGGGCACAGGGCCAGCAGCAAGAGCAGGUCCUGGUGUCAGCCACGGAGCUGAUGAGGGUCAGCUCUGCAGAGGACAGCGACUGGCAGCCUCAGCACCCCACAGGCGGCUGGCAGGAGGAGGCCGACAGCCGCUUCUUUGGGCAGGGGAAUGAAGCCCUUCAUCUCCCUGGAGAGCAGGUGACUGAGGAGCAGUUCACAGACGAUCAAGGCAAUAUCAUCACCAAGAAGAUUAUCCGGAAGGUGGUGCGUCAGCUGGGCCCUGGUGACAUGGGUGACAGGCAGGAACAGGAGGAGCUGAUUCUGGAGGGCUCCCUACAGGAGCCCCAGGACCUGGAGGCUGAGGAUGAUCACUUCAUGAAAUACUCCAUCUUGCACCGGGAUGGUCUGGGUGCCAAGGAUCGCACCUCAACACCAAACCACUGAACUUCACACACGUUCUGACACAUACCUGAGAAGAGAGGAGAGGAGAGCAGAGAGUGGAGGGGAGCAGGGCUGGCUGUACAUGUUUCUAUAGGCUAAUGGCAUGAUUCCUGUAUGAGAUAUACUUACCGUCCUAUCCGCAUGACUGACUGACUGCAAGACGCAUGAGCUACAGUACUUCAAACAGAUGAGGGGCCUCCAUCCUUGCCCCGCUGCUGCCAGGAGCCCAGAGACAGCACCACACACCAGGGGCAUGCUCUCAGCUCCUUGGGGAGGCAAGAGCUGGAGCAGAAGAAAAGGAGAGGGAAGGAGAUUGCACCUCCGUGUGAUCGCGUGUGUAGAUGCAUCCCCAGGUGUGAGCUCCAGCUGCAGGAGGAAAGCUGGGGCAGCAUGGCACUGCUCACCGUGGAAGGAGAGGUGCUUGGCCCCCCCUGCAAAUGCCUGUGCUGCCUCUGCUGGACUUGCUUCUCAUCCCUCCCUGUGAGUGUUGGGUUUUGGGGAGGGCAGCAGUGGCCGGAGGGGGCGAGGGGAGGCUGCAGGGAGCGCAGCUGCCCUGGGCAGAGGGACUGGUGCAGGGCUGCCCUUCCUCUCCCCAGCACGUGCAAAGUCUCCCAUCAGGGCAGAGCACUGAGCUCGUUGCUUAUGUUGAAAGUGUAAACUGUACAGCAAUCAGCCUUGUGUAUAUGAACCAAUAAAUACUAUGCAAACCCCUAGGGACACUCUAGCAGUAUGUACAAAGCACUGACAGCUCUGCUCUCAUAUACCUCUUCAGGCUGCAGGAUGGGCAAAGCCUUUGGGAUAUGUGAGCAGCUCUGGUGAACGGAGCAGGAUGGCUAUAGGAGAGAGAGGGCAGCAGCCUACCCCUGUCCUGUGCCCCUCUGCCUGAGCCUGGCCCCUUCCUGGCCUGAAGAGGGGGGGCUAGAGGUGCAGUCCCACGGUCCAGCCCCAGUUUGUGUUGGCUCCAGCUGGGUUGAAGCUGUAGGCCUGCGCUGAGGUGCUUGGGGCCCAGGGAGGAUGUGCAGUGAGAGAGAGCAGGAGGUGCUUGUGCCACGACGUGGGGUUGUGCCUAGCUCUACUCAGCACAAUAUCUGCUCAGGAGAUGAGCCAGGAGCUAGCAAUAGCCAGCAGCCGUGCAAUACGCACCCCAGGCAAGGGCUUUGCAGGGACCCUGGCCUCCCUGCAAGGGGGGUUAACAGCCCUGGAUACUGACUCUCCCGGGACCAAACCCAGAGCCACGGGAGCUGCUGCUGCCCCGGUGGCUGCAUUUUCUCCAGGUGGAAUCUGCCUGAGCCCUGGGGGCUGGGGCAGCCUCCAGGCUGCUCUAGCAGGAGAGCCGUGCUGGGCAGAGCUGCCCAGGCAGCUCAGAGCUGGGCAGGACAUUGACCCUGUUGUAAUACUUGACCCCAGGAGAGCAGGGAGAAGGUAGUGGCACUUGGUCCCAGGUCCCUGACCCUGUCCUUCACCCAGCUGAUGUGGGGACCUGACCUUUGUAGCACAGUGAUGUGGGGACCCCCUGGUCUUUCUCCUGGAGGCGGCCACGGCCCUGCUUUGCAGAGUCUGAGUUUGUUCUCUGUGGCCAGGCGCAGAACAAGCGCCCCUCCAGCUUCAGGCUGUGUGCUGGUGGCCUUGGCAGGGCAGCCCUGCCUUUCAGUGGGUGCACAUCUGCUGGGAGAGCCCCUGGCUGCCCUGCAGCCAAGAAGAAGCCUCGCUGCAGCGAAGCGACUGACCCAGCUUAGCCUCGGAGAGCAAAGCAGCCCCUUCCCCGCCCCAAAGUUGAGCCAUAGAGGCACAGACUCUCCAUCCAUCACCCUUGCUGCGUACAAUAACCUCCCUAGACCCACCGCAACAGCUGACUCCGUAGCAUCACCCUAGAGUUGUGUGUGGGUCCAGUGCUUUGGCCUUGUGUAUGCCGUAGGGAAUGUGCUGUGCUGCAACCGUGCCAGGCACCUGCAGUGACAUUGCUUCGCGCUCAGAUUGCUUGUAGGGCUGGUAGGGGGAGGCUGCACCCGACAUUGAGCCUAGAGAAUGCUGCAGUCUGCACACUAGAAGCUUUUUAGAAGUUUUAAAAAUUACUUUUAUUUUCUUUUUUUAAUUGUUAUGGAAACAAGCCUUUUGGAUCUCCCUGUCUUAGGCCCUGAUGUAUAGAUCAUUUCCCUGUACACCAGCUAUCAGAAUAUGAAUUAAUAAAUAAAUCAACACAAA